AUGUUAUUCAAUGUUGCCGUUGAUGUCUUGCAUAAAAUGAUCAUGAAUAAUGUUGAAGAGGGUCUUUUAUCGCCUCUUGGACUUCGGGAACCUCUCAAGCAUUUAAGAAUACUUCAAUUUGCCGAUGACACACUUCUCUUUGUUAGAAGCUCUUCAAAGGAUAUUUCCAUUCUUAAAGCUAUUCUUUAUCUCUUUGAGGACAUUUCUGGCUUGAGCAUUAAUUAUUCAAAAUCAUCUCUUAUAUACUUUGGAAGGUUUUCUUAUAAAGCACAUAAUCUUGCAUCUUCUCUGGAUUGUAAAGUUGAACAUUUACCUAUCAAAUAUCUUGGCCUACCUCUCAAGUAUGGCAAACUUUCAAAAUCAGACUGGCAACCCUUGUUGGAUAAUCUCUUUAGAAACUACCAAAAUGGCUUGUCAAAGAAAUGGACAAAGUCAGGAAAUACUAACAAAAACCAUCAAAUGUCUAGUAAAUUGGAAAAAGGUCUCUUUAUCCGCAAACUAUAUGGCAUUGAGGGUUCUUUGUUGCAAUCCAGGAAAUACAAUGCAUCAAAUUCACAUUUUUGGAAUGCUGUUUUAUCCUUCAAGGAUGCUUUUCUCCAUAACGUCAAGUGGUCAAUUGGCUCUGGAGAUAAUGUCAGAUUCUGGGAAGAUAAGUGGAUAGGGUAUAAUACCCUUGCUAGUAUUUUUCCUGAAUCCUAUAGAUUAGCCCUCUCCUCUAAUGUCUCUGUCAAAAGUCAAGGAAAUUUCUAUGAUAAUAAAUGGCAAUGGCACUUGUUGAUGAGAAGAAGUAUCUCUCCUGAAGCUCAAGCAGAAAAAAUGAGUAUUCUCAAUCUUAUUAAUAACUCAGACAUAUCUCAAACCUAUGAUCAACCUCUUUGGACUCUUACUUCUAACAUGCAGUUCUCUGUAAAGUCCUUUUACAGUUUUCUAAAUCAAAGAGGAAUAACCAGCCCACUAUACAAAGUUAUCUGGAAUCCUAUUGUUCCCUCCAAAGUUCGUUUCUUUCUUUGGCUUCUUACAAAGAACAAAUUGCAUACAAAAGAUGUUUUACAUCUAAAAGGGUGGACUGGUGACUUAACUUGCUCUUUUUGUGGUUUGGAACCAGAGUGCAGAGAUCAUUUAUUUCUUUCAUGUCCUAUAACCAUGCAAGUUUGGGAUCAUUUCAGGAAAUACUUCUUACCAUUCAAUUGGUCAUUUGCCUUGGAUGAACUCUUGCUCUGUCUUGAAAUUUUACAUGAGCCUAAAAAGGGCUUCUUUGGCGUUCUAUUCUUGCUUCAGUUUGUUGGAAUUUAUGGCUCUGCAAGAGGAUCGGCAUCACAGAAGCUUAAAGUCAAAUUGGAGGAAAAACCGAUACCAAGAAGCAUAUGA